AUGGCAGCUGUACAGAAACUUCAGAGGUGUGCGGUGUCUCAGACUGGGAAACACACCGCAUCUGUCAUUUUCCUACAUGGCUCAGGAGACACAGGGCAGGGUCUGCGGGCGUGGGUUCGCGAUGUUUUGACACAGGAUUUGGCUUUUUCACAUAUCAGAGUUGUCUACCCCACAGCUCCAGCAAGGCCUUACACGCCCAUGCAUGGGACCCUGUCUCAUGUAUGGUUUGACCGUUACAAGAUCUCCAACAACUGCCCGGAGCACUUGGAGUCCAUAGAGGCCAUGUGCGACUCUCUGGGAGCUGUCAUUCAGGAUGAGGUGCGGGCCGGCGUGCCGAAAAACAGAAUGAUUAUCGGAGGAUUCUCAAUGGGUGGAGCCAUGGCGUUACACCUGGCGUGCAGGUACCACCGUGACGUGGCGGGAGUUUUCGCCCUGUCAAGCUUCCUAAAUAAAGGAUCUGUCGUGUAUCAGGCAGUGGAGAACGCUGCAGGAAGCCCCCUACCGGAGCUCUUCCAGUGUCACGGAACGUCGGAUGAACUCGUGUUCCACAGCUGGGGCGAGGAAACGGCGACGCUGCUCAGGAAGGCCGGGAUGAACGCUACCUUCCAUUCCUUCCCGGGCCUCCAUCACCAGCUCUGCCAACAGGAAAUGGAGCUGCUUCGCUCCUGGAUACUAAAGAAACUGCCCGACGACGCCGUCCCGCGCUGACCAAGAUCCAAAAUGGACCCAAGUUUCUUCUCUUUUUACUUGAAUUCUAAUAAACUAUUUUCAUUUCCACAA